AUGGAUGGUGGAUAUAGAAACACAAACCAGGUCUCAGAUGACUACAGGUACCAGGAUGGCAGCUACGACACACCCAACGACGGCUACUACCGGGGCGGGGAUGAGCCCGCGCAGGAAGAGGAUGCCCAGAGCGAUGUCACAGAAGGCCACGAUGAGGAUGAUGAGGUCUAUGAGGGGGAGUACCAAGGCAUCCCACACCCAGAUGACAUUAAAGAGAAGCAGAAGAAGCGAGCCCCUGCUGUGGAUGAUGAGUACAGAGACCGUGCUGACCUCAUGGCCGAGAGGAUGGAGGAUGAGGAGCAACUCGCCCACCAGUACGAGAACAUCAUUGAGGAGUGUGGCCACGGACGCUUCCAGUGGACUCUCUUCUUUGUUUUAGGGUUGGCACUGAUGGCAGAUGGGGUGGAGGUGUUUGUGGUUGGAUUUGUUCUUCCCAGUGCUGAGAAGGAUAUGUGCUUGUCCAGUUCCAACAAAGGGAUGCUGGGCUUGAUAGUCUACUUAGGAAUGAUGGUGGGGGCUGUCUUGCUGGGCGGCCUUGCUGACAAACUGGGAAGAAAGCAAUGCCUCAUGAUAUCACUCGCAAUAAAUGCUGCCUUUGCGUUCCUCUCCUCCUUCGUCCAGGGAUAUGGAUUCUUCCUCUUCUGCCGCCUUAUCUCAGGCCUCGGUAUCGGGGGCACCCUCCCCAUCGUGUUUGCCUAUUUCUCUGAAUUCCUCUCUCGUGAGAAGAGGGGGGAACACCUGAGCUGGCUUUGCAUGUUCUGGAUGAUUGGUGGCAUUUAUGCCUCAGCAAUGGCUUGGAGCAUCAUCCCACAUUACGGCUGGGGGUUCAGUAUGGGAACCAAGUACCACUUCCACAGCUGGAGAGUCUUUGUACUCGUGUGUGCUCUGCCCUGUAUCGCCUCCCUGGUGGCGCUGAAAUUCAUGCCUGAAAGCCCGCGGUUUCUGCUGGAGAUUGGUAAACAUGAUGAAGCUUGGAUGAUUCUCAAGCAAGUCCAUGACACCAACAUGCGGGCCAAGGGCGAGCCAGAGCGGGUGUUUACGGUUUCCUAUAUCAAAACUCCAAAGCAAGUAGAUGAAUUUAUUGAAAUCCAGAGCUCAACAGGGACCUGGUACCAGCGGUGGCUGGUCAGAAUCACGACUACAUUAAAACAGGUCUGGGACAAUGUGCUGUAUUGUUUAACAGCCCAGUACAGGAUGAACACACUGAUGCUGGCUGUGGUUUGGUUUACAAUGGCCUUAAGUUACUAUGGCCUUAUUGUCUGGUUCCCUGACAUGAUCCGCUAUUUCCAAGACGAGGCAUAUGAAUCCCGAGUGAAGAUCUUUGAUGAGGAAGAAGUAUCCCAUUUCACCUUUAAUUUCACCCUGGAAAACCAGAUCCAUAGAAAUGGGGAGUACAGGAAUGACAAAUUUAUUGGCAUGAAAUUCAAGGAAGUGAGAUUUGAGGAUUCAUUGUUUGAGGAUUGCUACUUUGAAGAUGUGAGAUCCAGUGAGACCUUCUUUGAAAACUGCACCAUCAUCUCUACUGUCUUUUAUAACACUGAUCUCUACGAACACAAAUUCAUCAACUGCAGGCUCAUCAACAGCACCUUCAUGAAGGAGAAGGAAGGCUGCCACAUCGACUUUGAGGAGGACAAUGAUUUUCUGAUCUACCUGGUCAGCUUCCUGGGCAGCCUGUCUGUGCUGCCAGGCAACAUCAUCUCUGCUCUGCUCAUGGACAAAAUAGGGAGGAUUAAGAUGAUUGGCGGCUCAAUGCUGAUCUCAGCCGUGUGCUGCUUCUUCCUGUUCUUUGGGAACAGCGAGUCGGCGAUGAUCGGCUGGCAGUGCCUCUUCUGCGGGGCCAGCAUCGCCGCCUGGAACGCCCUGGAUGUCAUCACCGUGGAGCUCUACCCCACGGACAAAAGGGCAACAGCCUUUGGCAUCCUCAAUGGGCUUUGCAAGUUUGGUGCCAUCCUGGGGAACUCCAUCUUCUCCUCCUUUGUGGGGAUAACCAAGGUGGUUCCCAUCCUUCUGGCCUCCUCCGCUCUGGUUGGAGGUGGCCUGCUUGCUCUGCGCCUGCCAGAGACUCGAGAGCAGGUCCUGAUGUGAGCAACAGAGGCCGUGGGGGCUUGUGGGGGGGCAGAUGUAGAAGAAGAACAAAAAAGAGCUAUGUCUGGAAAACGCAAAAUGUUCAUUCUGUACUGUUCUGUCGAUACCUUAAAGCGAGACGGCAGAGGGAAAGAGGAACCCGGAGGGAUUUAAACAAAACCAUCGUUCCUGACCUUAUUACAGCCACCACUGGUGCAUGCAGCCCCCACACACCCUGGCAGAGCUUGGGUUCCACCCUGCCGAUGCUGGGGGCCCCCCGUCCCUGUCCAUCCCCUGCAAGGACGCCAGAGGCAGGCAGCAGCUCCGUGCCCGCGUGGGUGUGACACGGGAGGACAGACCUGACCCUCCUGCCUGGCCAUCCACGUCAGCUCUGCUCAGACACACGGAGCAUCUGGGCAGGGCAGGUAACCAGCCUGCUCUAGGUGAGCUCCAGCAACAGGGCUGAGAGUUGCAGAUGUGGCCACGGGCCCCAG